UAUUUUCUGAACGCAGUUAGUGAUUCGAAGGCUGAAACGUGUGACAGUCGCGAUAAUGUUAUCGACGGAUGUGUAUCGUGGUGUGAAUCCCCUUGCAAAAAGUUGAAAAUUACAUUUUCUAGAUUACUUCAACAACUUAGUACACAAUGCCACAACUACCACGUAUCACCAGGUCCUUACGGAUGUUCACCUCCCUAGAACGUAGACAGGGGACGUCGGAUUUUAAACCAAAUGACUUGUUAAAAAAAAGACGAGAAUGGGUAAAAGAAUCCAAGAGCAAUUUUGAUUGGCAUACUAUAUGUGACAGAGCGUCUGAAGAUCUUACAGUGUAUUUACGUAAAUUCAGAGAUGUUGUGCAACGAGCGUUAGUGGGUGUUCCUCCGAAUGUUGUAAAUGAUUUCGCACUUUAUGCAUUACGUUUGUUAAUCGAAGACAAAGAAUUAACACGAAGAAAAUUUAACAUGCUUGGCCAAAAGUCGGGGCACAUCACGUAUGAGCUCGCACUUCUCAUGAUGAAUAUUGUCCAAGAAAUUAAAGCGAACUGUUACGACGAGGCUAUAGAACUCUUAUCGGAAUCCAAGGAAAAUGUGGAUGUCGACGCUUCCAGUUUUCACGGUUUCGGCGCAAACAUUCCCUAUAAUCAGGCAAAAGUCGUGUGGCCUGAUACCACUGGACUUCACAACAUGUCAGAGGGAACGAAUUCCAGCACCGAUAAAUUUACCAUGAUGAUACAUGAAACGAAACCUUCGGUACAAAAGAAGUCUAUAUUUGACAAAACAAUAUUUACAAAGGAAUUGAAAAGUUGUCACGAGCAGUGUAAUACCAAAAUGUCAUAUCAGGAUUUUUCCACGAGAAUAUUGAACGAAUUAAAGAAUUCGCAAAAUAUACAAGUCGACCUAUUGGAUCUGCUAGGUUUCGAGCAUUUCGACUUUAUUCAGUACAUUAUCGAGCAUCAAAAAAUCAUUGUGUCAACGUACUUAAAGACAAAUCAAAUCAAAAGACCGCAAGCCAGUCCAGGAGGACCUAUAAUCAGUGGUCAGGUAAUAGUACAGUCCGAAGUGGAGAAGCUGUUGUGCAAGCAAGUACGUAAGGAGGAGAAGAAGUUGAAUAAACUGGCGAGCAAGCGAGACGCCAAAUCAGAAGCUGAGGAGGGUGAAUUCGAACCUGCCGAGCUGCGACUCAAGAGACAGGAAGCGUUUGCAGCUAUGCACACGCCGCUGUUUCCCAGAAAGCACACCCUGGAGCGUGGUAUGCAGGAAUCGUAUCCCUUCGUUUUCGAUUCCACAGCGAGCGUGAAGCAGAGCAUAGUGUCGGGGCAAAAAAUAUUAUUAACCGAGGAUGUUAAAAGGGAGAACAGUGAACUUUGCGAGGAGGUGCACAUACCGGUACCGAAGCAGGAACCCGUUAACAUCGAGAUGCAGCCUGUGUCGAUAGCCUCUCUGGACGAUAUUGGUCGGAUGGCUUUCAGCGGCGUAACGUCGCUGAACAAAAUUCAGAGUAUAGUCUUCAACGCGGCGUACAACACGAACGAGAACCUGUUGAUCUGCGCGCCGACCGGCGCGGGAAAAACGAACGUGGCAAUGUUGACCGUGGUGCACCAGUUGAAGCAGAACAUUCAGGACGGGCAAUUGCAGAUUAGCCAGUUCAAGAUAGUCUACGUUGCGCCGAUGAAAGCCCUGGCGGCCGAAAUGACUGCGAAUUUUAGCAGGAGACUCGGUCCGCUGGGCGUGUGCGUCCGCGAGCUGACCGGCGACAUGCAGCUGACGAAGCAGGAGAUUCAGCAGACUCAGAUGAUAGUGACCACGCCGGAGAAGUGGGACGUCGUGACGCGGAAGGGUACCGGCGACAUCUCUCUCACCAGCAUCGUCAGGCUACUGAUCAUCGACGAGGUGCACCUGCUGCACGGAGAUCGAGGGCCCGUGGUAGAGGCGCUCGUCGCGAGGACCCUGCGCCAGGUGGAGUCGUCGCAAAGCAUGAUCAGGAUAGUGGGGCUGUCGGCAACGCUGCCGAACUACGUGGACGUUGCCCGAUUUCUGCGCGUCAAUCCGCACAAGGGGCUGUUCUACUUCGACCACCGCUUUCGACCGGUGCCUCUUAGCCAGACCUUCGUCGGCGUGAAAGCUGCCAGACCGCUGCAGCAGAUGAACGAUAUGGACCUCGUGUGUUACAACAAGGUCAUAGACAUGGUGCGGCAGGGUCAUCAGGUCAUGGUGUUCGUACACGCGCGGAACGCCACGGUGAGGACGGCAAACUUCCUGAGGGACGCGGCCUCGAAGAACGACACGCUCAGGUACUUCCUGUCGGACGCGCAGGCCAAGUACGUGAACAAGGCGUUCGCCAAGUCGCGUAACAAGCACCUCGGUGAACUGUUCAACAACGGAUUGUCGGUACAUCACGCCGGUCUCUUGCGUUCGGACAGAAAUCUGAUCGAGAAGUAUUUCGCCGACGGCUUGAUCAAGGUGCUGGUGUGCACCGCCACGCUAGCCUGGGGCGUGAAUUUGCCGGCGCACGCGGUCAUCAUACGAGGAACCGAGAUCUACGACUCGAAGCACGGCUCGUUCGUGGACCUGGGAAUACUGGACGUGUUGCAGAUCUUCGGCCGCGCCGGCAGGCCGCAGUUCGACACGUCGGGCCACGCGGUCAUCAUCACGUCGCACGACAAGCUGUCCCAUUACCUAUCGCUGCUGACGAAUCAGAUACCGAUCGAGAGCAGCUUCAUCACGUAUUUGGCCGACAACCUGAACGCCGAGAUAGCACUGGGCACGAUAUCGAGUGUGGCCGAGGCGGUCGAGUGGCUGAGCUACACGUACCUAUUUGUGCGAAUGAGAUUGAACUUUCAGGCGUACGGCAUGGUGCAUCAGACCUUGCUCGAAGAUUUUAAUCUGGAGAAAAGACGCAGGGAGCUCGUGGACGUUGCCGCCAAGGCGCUGGACAAGGCCCAGAUGAUCAGGUACGACGUGCGCACCGGUGAUCUCGGCGUAACCGACCUGGGACGUAUCGCGAGCCACUACUACCUCAAGUACGACACUGUCGAGAUCUUCAACGAGCUGAACAAGCCGAUAAUGACCGAGGCGCAGAUUCUGGCGAUGAUAUCGCGCGCCCAGGAGUUCGAGCAGCUCAAGGUGCGCGAUGACGAGGUGGACGAGCUGGACCAGUUGCUGCAGGACUGCGAACUCACGGCGCAAGGCGGUGCGGAGAAUGUCCACGGCAAAGUCAACAUACUCUUGCAGACGUACCUGUCCAGAGGCCGGGUGAACACGACAUCGCUGAUAUCCGAUCAGGCGUACGUCACGCAGAACGCCGUGCGAAUAGCUAGGGCGCUGUUCGAGAUCGCACUCAGGCGCAACAACGCUGUGAUGGCUGGACGACUGCUGCGGGUGGCGAAGAUGUUCGAGGCGCAGCAGUGGGACUUCGUGACUCCCCUGCGCCAAUUCGACUGCCUCCCCAUGGAGGUGCUCGACAAGAUCGAGCAACGGGAUUUCAGCGUCCACCGAUUGCAGGAGAUGGACGUGAAGGAGAUUGGCAGCGCCCUGCGGGACCAGCGUGCGGCAGCGUUGGUGAAGAAGUGCUGCGACGAGCUGCCCGCGUUGGAGAUGGAGUACAAUCUACAACCCAUCACGCGCACCGUCCUGAGAAUACGACUCAAGUUGAUCCCGCGGUUCCGUUGGAACGACAAGGUCCACGGGAAGAAUUCGCAAGCCUUCUGGAUAUGGAUCGAGGAUCCGGAUCACAAUCUCAUCUAUCAUCACGAGUACUUUAUGCUGACGAAGAAGAUGGUCUGCCAACGGCUCGAGCAGGAGCUCGUCAUCACCAUACCGUUGUCGGAACCGCUGCCGACUCAGUACCUGGUGAAAGCUACGAGCGACCACUGGCUCGGCUGCGAAGCCGUGUGUCCGUUGACCUUCCGCAAUCUCAUCCUACCAGAGACGCAUCCGCCGCACACGGAUCUGUUGGAGCUGCAGCCCUUGCCCGUAACCGUCCUGAGGGAUCCAGCUUUCCAGAGUCUCUACAAUUUCACCCACUUUAAUCCAAUACAGACGCAGAUCUUUCAUUGUCUGUAUCACACGGAUAACAACGUCCUUCUCGGCGCGCCAACCGGCUCCGGGAAGACGAUCGCGGCCGAGAUCGCCAUGUUCCGCGUCUUCAAGCAGUAUCCCGACCAAAAGGUCGUUUACAUCGCACCCCUGAAAGCCCUAGUCAGAGAGCGCAUAAAUGACUGGAAAAUGCGGCUGGAGAACAAUUUGCAGAAGAAGGUGGUGGAGUUAACCGGAGACGUGUCGCCCGACAUAAAAAUCAUUGCCGGUGCGAGCGUGAUCGUCACGACGCCCGAGAAGUGGGACGGUAUCAGUAGGAGCUGGCAAACGCGAAGCUACGUGCAGAAGGUGGCGCUUAUCGUGAUCGACGAGAUUCACCUGCUAGGCGAGGAUCGCGGACCGGUGCUGGAGGUGAUCAUCUCGCGGACCAACUUCAUAUCGUCGCACACGCAGAAGAAGGUGAGGAUCGUGGGAUUGUCGACCGCGUUGGCCAACGCGAUAGACCUGGCCAACUGGCUCGGCAUCAAGGACAUGGGACUCUACAAUUUCCGUCCAUCCGUGAGACCCGUGCCGCUGGAAGUGCACAUCAGCGGAUUCCCCGGCAAGCACUACUGUCCCCGUAUGGCGACCAUGAACAGACCAACUUUCCAGGCUAUCAGGCAACACGCGCCGAAAAGUCCCUCUCUGGUGUUCGUGUCCUCGCGUAGACAGACGCGCUUGACCGCUCUCGAUUUAAUCGCCUUCCUCGCGGCGGAGGAUGAGCCUAAGCAAUGGUUGAGCAUGCCAGAGGAACAGAUGAACAAUAUUCUUGAGAAUAUAAAAGACUCGAACUUGAAGCUCACACUCGCUUUCGGAAUCGGUCUGCAUCACGCCGGUCUUCAAGAUAGAGAUAGGAAAACCGUCGAGGAACUAUUCGUCAAUAACAAAAUUCAGGUAUUGAUCACGACGGCCACUUUAGCCUGGGGCGUCAACUUCCCGGCUCACCUCGUGGUGAUAAAAGGCACGGAAUACUACGACGGUAAAUUGAAACGUUACGUGGACAUGCCGAUAACGGACGUCUUACAAAUGAUGGGUCGCGCUGGCAGGCCGCAGUUCGACAACUCUGGCGUGGCGGUCGUCCUCGUGCACGAUUUGAAGAAAAGCUUCUACAAAAAAUUCUUGUACGAACCGUUUCCCGUGGAAUCUAGCCUGAUGGGAGUACUAUCCGAUCACAUUAACGCGGAGAUCGUCGCCGGUACCAUAAAGAAUAAACAAGAAUUUCUCGAUUACCUGACGUGGACCUACUACUUCCGAAGAUUGAUGAAAAAUCCGAAAUAUUACGAUCUCGAUGUCCUGGAGCCUGAGUGCAUCAAUCAGUACUUAUCACUGUUGGUGGAGACCACCAUAAGGUCGUUAAUAGAUUCACAUUGCAUCGAUUCCGACGAGGAUGAACAAAGUCUAAUUUCACUGCCGAUGGGAAAGAUAGCGUCGUUCUAUUACUUGUCGCACAAGACGAUGCUAAUGUUUACGCAAUCGCUGAGAGAGAACAUGACGCUGGAUCAGUGCCUCCGCAUACUCUGCCAAGCACACGAGUACAACGAAUUACCUGUGAGACAUAACGAGGAACUGUUAAAUGAAGAGUUGGCACAAUUGUGCCGUUACCCCGUGGAUCAGUACACCUACGACUCACCGCACACGAAAGCAUUCCUCUUGCUGCAGGCGCAUUUUUCAAGACUGCCAUUACCAUGCACCGAUUACAUUACUGAUCUCAAAUCGGUGCUCGAUCAAGCAAUCAGAAUAAUACAGGCAAUGAUCGACACGGUCGCGGAACGCGGAUGGCUAACAAGCACGUUAAGAAUAAUGCAACUGUUCCAAAUGAUCGUACAGGCACGAUGGGUCGACGAAUCAGCGAUCACGACGUUACCGUAUAUAAGAAAGGAGGACCUGCACUUGUUCGCAUCGUUGUCGUUCGUUCUUCCGGUGUUGUGCUCCGUCACGUGCAACGAUUACAGCAAACUCGCAAAAGUUUUAUGUAAGGACUAUCAGGAAGAUCAAAUACGCGAGAUGCAUCAAGUGAUGAGGGAUAUGCCGGUAAUAUCUGUUGAUUUAACGCUAGACAGUUCCUGGAACGAGGAUGCCGAGAAGAAGAGAAUAAAAUUGAAACGCAAUAACGACAGCCCUCCAGCUGUUCGGCGAGCCGAGGAAUGCACAUUAAUCAUCGGACUGAAGAGAAUGAAUAAUUCCAGAACAUUAAAAGCGCAUUGUCCAAUGUUCCUAAAGGGGAAAGACGAGAGCUGGUUCCUGGUGCUAGGUGACAUCCAGAAUAAAGAAGUCUGGGCUCUGAAGAGGGUGUCCGGUGUAAACAGUCAGCAGAGGUACCAUCAGUUGCAAUUCACCGCACCUAGUCGCUUGGGACCGCUGAAGCUGACGUUCUACUUGAUUUCGGACUGCUACAUCGGUUUGGAUCAGCAGUACAGUAUCUGCCUAAGUGUAACACCUUGAACUGAUUUUUCACGACGACCCGUAUUCACUCAAGACUGACAGCUAUCCAAGUGAUAUCGUUAUUAAUUUUUCUACAUUGCCGAUAUGAGGGACGGUAGAAAGAAAGUCUAAAACUUUGUUAACGUUUAUAUCGAUCACGAACGAAGCGAGAUUUAUAUUACAACUACGCGCGAAUGUGAUCGCGGCAUAUUUAUCGUAUGCGGAAAAAGGUUGUGUACACAGAAACUUGUACAUAUUUUUCUCAUGUAAUUUUAUUAUAUAGGUCUGUGAAAUCACAUCAUACACAUAUAUGUAUAUACAUACAUACAUAUAUAUAUAUAUAUGCUGCAUGUGUGCAUGUAUAGAUAUAGACUAUACUAAGUUUUUGUUUUCCAUACAAAUAUAAGCCUUAUUAUCUCGGUAUAUAAAGAUAGAAAAAGCAACACGUCAGAUAUCGGUUAUACAAUUCCGUAUUUCGAUCUCUUCUUGUUUUUCAACGAGCGAGUUGAUUGCAAAACGCAAAUCAAUUCCGCACGUUCGUUAGUGUUUCGAUCCAUGCUCCAUCCAUAUUCUAAAGAAAUAAUAUAUUGUUCGACGUUUAUAUAAGUUAUGUAAAAAAAAAGAAACAUGCUACAUGAAUUGCAAGGUU